GCUUCUUUCCUCCUCCCCGGGCUCUGCUCGCUCCCAUCAUCCCCAGCCGCCCUGCCUAGGCUAGGCCAGUCGGACUCCCAUCAUCCCCACUCAUUACUUCUCCAUGGAUCUGACUCCCAUCAUUCCCGCCCACCACUCCCGAGGGGGCGGGACGACUCCGACUCCCAUCUUUUCCCUUAUUUAGUUUUGUCUUACUUGCUGGUCAAAUGUAAACCCGGCUCCUUCCUGGGGGUGCCAGACCACUUCCCAUCAUCCCCGCCCACCACCCUUGCACAGGGACAGCAUCUGACUCCCAUCAUCCCCUCCCACCACUAAGGAGGUAGAGACCGAAAUGUGAAUUCCCCCUCUCUUAAGCAGCCCCCAACCCUGCCGGCUUCUGGGGGGGGGAGGGAAGAAGGAGGUUGGGGCCAUGGGCAGGAUUCGAAUCCUGACCAGGGAGGGAGGUUUUCCCGGCCUUGUUUUGACCCCCGUCUGUGGGUGAUUCACGGUCUUGUGUUGCCUGGAGGGCGGUGAGUCAGGCAGCCCCGUCAGCUGCUUCUGCCGUCUGCUUGGCAGCCUCCCUGGCACAGAGGCCCCGUGGGUGGGCGGAGGCUCCGAUGCCCUGGCUCUCUGGCCCUCCAGGUGCCCUUGGGCGACUCUUCCACCAUGGCCAGCACUUCCCAUUGUCCCUCUGGACCAGGAGUGUCCAGUCUGGCCACUUUUCACACUGGUGGACUCCAACACCCAGAAUUCCCUGGCUGCCUGGGGAUUCUGGGAGCUGAAGUCCACAAGUCUUAAAAGUGGCCAAGCUUGGACACCCCUGCUCCAGACCUACAUUUUGCACCAACGUCCUUGAGUUACGACUACAGCAGACCAGAAAACUCAUCAUUAAGCAGCACCAUUAUUAAGUUUGCUUGUCCAGAUGGCUUCUGCGCAGGCAGCCCUUUCCGUUGGACCCCUGAGGGCCUCUCCGUGGGAACGCCCGGCCUCUUUAGCUUCUUAAUCCCCCUCCCGUUUUAAUUUCGAGUCUGCCCCCCAGCCAUCUGCUCUGCCGCUAAACUUCCACCCUGGCCGUGUCCCACCUUUCCAGCCUCAGGAUCACGUUCAGAGCAAAAGGGCCGUUCACGUGGUGCUGGGCAACGAGGCGUGUGAUCUCGACUCCAUGGUGUCCGCCUUGGUCCUCGCCUACUUUUUGGCAAAGACCUCUCUGGACUCUGAGGCGGCCUUUGUUCCAGUCCUCAACAUCCCCCGGGUCGAUUUCCCGCUGCGGACUGAGAGCGCCUUCCUUCUCCAUCAGCAACGUAUCCCCGAGAAAGUCCUCGUUUUCCGGGAUGAGAUUGACCUGGCGGGGCUGAACAAGGCCGGGCUGCUGUCCAUGACGCUGGUGGACCACCACAUCCUGCCCAGCAAAGACGCAGAGCUGGAGGCAGCCGUGGUGGAGGUGCUGGACCACCGGCCCCUGGAGUGGGAGAGGCCCCCUCCCUGCAGAGUGACGGCCGAGCUAGUGGGCUCCUGUGCCACCCUGGUGGCCGAGAGGCUCCUGCAAGCCAGGGUGCCGACUUUAGACAGCCAAAUUGCUGCUCUGCUGCACGGAACCAUCCUGCUGGAUUGUGUGAACAUGGCCGUCGAAGCCAGCAAAGUAACCCCCAAGGACGCCCGUUGCGUUUCUCGGCUGGAAUCCAUGUUCCCCGAGCUGCAGCCGAGAAACCAGGUCUUUGACACACUGCAGAGAGCCAAGUUUGACGUCUCAGGCCUCACCACCGAGCAGAUGCUGCGGAAGGACCUCAAAAGCCUGGCCAGCAAAAAAGCAACGGUGGCCAUUAGCGCCGUCUACGUGGCUCUCCAGGAUUUCCUGCAUCGGCCUGGACUCGAGCAGGAUCUGGCCGCUUUCUGUCACCAAAGAGGCUUCAGCCUGCUGGUCGCCAUGACCAUCUCCUUCGGGGAUGACAAGAAGCCCUUUCGGCAGCUCGCGGUGUACAGUCAGCAGGGCCAACUCCAAGACGCAGUGUGCCAAGCCUUGGAGCGGUCUAGCAACCCAUCCCUCAGCCUCUCCCAGCUGGAGAGCCCCUGCUCCUCCGUACGCGCCUACCAGCAGGCCAACACCAGCGCCUCUCGCAAGAAAGUCCUUCCGAUCAUCCGGGAAUUUCUGACCCAGUGGGCCGGAGCCAGCCCUACCGGCCCCAGCAUGCAGCCAGCGGUCUCCAGUCGCGUCCCCCCAGCCAGGGUGGACUCCCAGGGCACCGGAAGCCACGAUCCCAGCGGGGCUACCAAGGAGCCCCCGAAGCCACUCCGCCUGGGCGAGGACGCAGCCGAUGAAGACACCUUGCUGCCCCCCACCCCCAUGAACAGCCUGGUGGACGAGUGUCCCCUGCACCAGGGCCUGCCCGAAGUCUCGCCCGAGGCCAUCUUUGAGAGGGUCAACCGCAUAGCCACCGACCGCUCCUUGGGCAGACGCAGCCCGGAGAAGAAGUGACUCUGGGCACUGCCAAAUUCCGGGAGGGACUCCCGGCGAGCGGGAGGUGGGUGCCGCUGGGUGCCGGGAAGGCUGUUUCUUUAAUUAAUUGUAGGACGUGAUCUGUGAUUAAUCCCCCUCGCAAUGAAUAGAAAGCAGGGGUGGGGGCUGCCGAACUCAACAUUCGCUGCCACUAAAGGGGAGGGGGGGGAGAUUAAACUGGCUGCCUGCUGCAACAUUGCAGAAUUCUGAUUCUUGGGGAGGGGUGGGGGCACACCAAAUCCUUUUUUUUUUUCUCAAGCGCGUCCUUCAAAAUUGUUCCAAAGUGGAUUUGCGCGGACGGGAUAUUAAGAUUCCUCGGAAAUGUUCUCCUGGGUGCUUGUUGAAGGGGAACGGGAAUUGUAGUUCAGGCGCUGUGGAUGCGGAGAUGACGCCCGCCUCAAAACGUUCCAGAGAUGCAUUUUUAAACUUUUUUUUUUUUUUUUGCAAAAAGAAAAGAAAAACGGAGAGUGCAAAAAUCUCGCUUUGCACCCGUGUGCGUGCAUGAAAUGUAAAACGUGUUUUCUUGCGGCAACAUUUAGCUCAGGCGUGUUGUGCGUUUUGUGCUCGGUUGAAUCCUGUAGAAUAGGGGUCUCCAAGCUGGAGCCUGGGGAAUUCUGGGAGCUGAAGUCCACACGUCUUCAAGUGGCCCAGCUUGGAGAGUCCUGCUGUAACAGGACUAAAAUAAAAACCCUCCUCUCCUAUUCCUUCCAACAUUUUCCUACAAAGGUGUAAACAGUCCUGUUUUUUUAUACCUGUGCAGAUUUUACGGCAUUUUGCAAUCCACUUGCUGCACAAAUACGGCGUUUUAUUAUGGCAGCUUCUAAGGGGGUCCCUAAUUGGAGGCUCUUGGAGCCCCCAUGCACCUCCCUCUGUACUCCAGCCUUAAUUUCGUGCCCCCCCCCUUGGCAGCACCUGGGAUAGGCAGGUGGAGCCGUUUGUCUUGGCUGUGUGGCCCCCAAAACGAAGGAGAAAAUUCAAAUAAAGCAAUUUUUAGACACGCAAACUA